CUCGAGAUUAAUAAAGGCGAAGAAAUCAAAAUCCAGCGAAGACUUCAAAAAGGAAGAAUCCAACCUCCAGUUGAGAGUUUCAACAGCCUUUCUUUUCAGAUCUGCCAUUGCCGUCUUUGGAUUGGGAUUCAUAGAUGCUGGUGGAGAUUGGUCUCGGAUUGGGGUUAUAUCAAAAGAAGCUGAAGAACUUCUGAAGAGUGCAGCUUACUUAGUUGUGCCUGUUUGUUUUUUGCUGAUAUUUUUCAUAUCAGAUGAGAAAAAAUCUCUCUGAAGAGUUUAUUGCACUUCUUUGGCUGAGAGACUUUAGUUGCAGUUUGUUAUAAAAGUUAUUAUAUCAUUGUUGUGGGGAAAAAUAACUAUUUCGGAGAAAAGCUGUUCCAUAAUUUAAUUGUAGGUUUCAUAUAACAUAUUGGAUUUUUGUUUGCCUUAUUGCAUUUGUAUUUAUUCUAGUUUAAAGGAGGAAUAGAAAGGCUUCAAUUAAGGUUUCAUUUGGGGCUGCUUUCUAAUUGCUUUUUUAAAGCUGCUUUGUAGUAAAAAAAAUUUAAAUUACAAAUUUUAUAAUAUAAAGUUACUUUAGAAAGCAAUAAUAAAGUUAUCCCAAAUAAAGGUUAAGUAGUGUCUUCAGCUUCGUUUGUGACUGCUUUCAACCACAUAUUUAUGUCUAUCUUCUAGUGAUUUUUGUACUAAAAAGUAACUUUACGAAGGAUAAAAAAAGCUGUCCCAAACAAAGUCUAAGUUGUGAUAAUUAGUGAUUGUGAUAAUAUAACUUUUGUGAUACUAUUGUGCGUAUGAAUUGGACAUGAGCUUCUUAGUAAGCAAAACACAUAUCAUUUGAUGACUUCCUAGUUUCUAUGACUGUCUUGAUUGGGACUGGUAAUGACUUUCUAUAACAUGUGGUAGCUGAUCAAAUAUGGCAUCACUUGCAUUAAAAGCUCAAGCUUUUUCCUCAUGAAUGUGAAUAUAACAAACUCACCCAAGCACAACUCAUUUAUAACCCUAGUCCAAGGUUAUAUGUAGGACAUGAAAGAAGUAUCAGUCAAACACAAACCACCUUACCUAUAGGGUUCUCUCUUAGCUCCGUUAGGGUUUAUCCCCCUUAGUGGCGCCCUCAUCGGGGGCGAUCCUUCUUGCUGGUCGUCUCUUCUUUCAGCUCAGGGAAGUCUCUCCUUUUACUUUAUGUAUGUUUGUUAUUACGUUCUGCUAUUUUGGUUUUUUCAUUUCCCUUCUGCCCUUGAGUAUGGCGGUUAAGUUGGAUGAUCAUGGCUUUCUUGAUGGUAAGUUCAACUGUCAUUCAUUUAUUGACGCCCUAAAGGGUUCUUCCUCUUCGGGGUCUUUUGCGGAUCUUAAGAAGUCUUCUUUUUGCUGCUUCCCCUCUCUUUGGAUUUCUGAGGAUGAAGUUUUGGCCCUUGCCGCCCCAUUCACUUUUUCCCUUGUUGGUUAUUUCCCUAAUUAAAGGCCGUCUUUGGGUGCCAUAAGGAGGUUCUUCUUUAAUUUAAAGCUCACCAGAGAAUUUUUCGUCGCCCUAUUAGAUUCCCGUCAUGUUUUGAUCAAACUACCCUGUGAUUUGGAUUAUUGUCGUGCCUUUGCUCAUAGAUCCUAUUUUGUUAGGAAUCGCUUCAUGAAACUGAUCAAAUGUUUUCCAUUUGUGGAUAUUUCUGAAGAAUCCCCAAUUGUCUCUGUUUGGGUCUCUUUCCCCAACCUGCGGCCGCAUUUCUUUUCCCCCCGUAUUUUACAUGGGCUUGGUUCUCUUUUUGGACGUCCUCUUCAUGUGGACAAUGCCACUAUAGUGGGGGCUUGUCCUUCGGUUCAUAGAAUUUUGGUGGAACUUGAUAUCACCAAACCAUAUCCUGAUGACCUGAUAAGGUGUGGUUGGGCCCUAAAAGAAUUGGUUAUUUUCAAAGCAUUUUGAUUGAUGAAUUUCCAUCCUUUUUUGAGCACUGUAAAGUUGUGGGUCACUCUAGGAAGGAUUGUUCUAUGCUCAAUCCUCGCGUUGUUCAGGAUAAUCGGGGUAAUGAGAAUAUUGUUGGCGAUGGCAUUGAUGUGCACACGAUUCCUAGCGGCAAUGGUGGUGUUGAUGUGCACAAAAUGGAGGCUCAAGUGUUUUCUGACGAAGCUUUGUCCAACCAUUUGACUACCGAGAACCCAUUGGCUUUGCCUCUUACGGAGAAGGUUGAUAGUGUUAUUGUGGAUUUGGAUGCUUUUGUGCAUGAUUUGGAGACCUUUCAUGUUGUUCCUCCUCCAGCUGAGGCGAUUGUGAAUGAGGAGAAUGAUAAGUGCCUUGGCAUUAAGGUUUUGUUGGAUGUUUCACCUAAUGAAACUAAUGUUACCUCUCUUUUGCUUACUUCUGAUCAUGCUCCAGCUUCUCUUCCUUUGCAACCAAAUGGAGAAUCCUUUAUUGAAGUUCCGAUCUCAAUUAUCUCCAAUGAACAAUUGAAAGUGCAUUUGAAGGAUAAUGUGAAGGGUAGCGUUUUGGAUCAAAAUGAUUGGUUGGAGGAUUCUGCCUCCUCGUAUGGUGAAGAUAGUGGUGAUCCUGGGCUUGAUUUAAAUGAGACGUAUGUUUUGAAGGUUGAUAACUCUGUUGCUAAUGAUUCAUUGCAAGGAAGGGGUAAAUGUGGCAGGAGGAAGUCCAAAUUGUAGUUUUUGGAUUGCUUUUUUUAAUUAGUUGUCAAUGGUGUUUUGUUGGGGGUUGUGGGUUAGAAUCAGAUUUUGGGUGUUAUUGUUGGUGUCGCUUGCUUUUUUGGUGGGAUUUUGUUUUGGAUGUUGCUUGUUUAGUCUGGUGCUUGGACAAUGAUGAGGUUGCAUUUGCCUUCCUCAUGUUGGUUGUGGCUUGCUGGCAACCUUGCUGCCUUGAUGGAUUGGUUGACAUGUUGCCUAGUUGAUUAGGGAAUACUGUUUGGAGCAUUUUCUAAGUCCGUCUGUUGGAUUGCCUUUUCUUUGAUUUUGU